UAUUGGAGCAUCUACACACUUACCCAUGUGGUAAAUUAUAUAUUUAUAUGUAUAUAUAUAUAUGUAUGCAUGUAUACUCUCUCUGCUUGGAUUGAGUGAAUUGGUUUGAGUUUUGGGGUUCUUUUGUGAUCUCAAUGCUUUUAUUCGUUGAGAGGAGUUGAGAGCAACAAAGGGCUGGGUUAGCUUAUGAUGGGGAGGGGAGUGUUCUACUGGCUGCUUCUUUUGAUGGUGCUGUGCUUCUCGAGAUUCUCCGCCGCCGGCGGCGCUAGUGCGAAGCGGAUUCUGGUGGACUCUGAUGUCGACACCGAUGAUUUCUUCGCGCUUCUCUACCUGUUGAAGCAUAACCGGUCGGCGUUCGACCUCAAGGCGGUUACAGUUAGCGCGAACGCAUGGACUGACGCUGGGCACGCUGUAAAUCAAUUAUAUGACAUUCUCUACAUGAUGGACCGCGACGACAUUCCCGUCGGAGUCGGAGGUGACGGUGGAAUAUCGGAGGAUGGCACCAUCUUUCCCAAUGUUGGCGGAUUUCUCCCUUUAAUCGAACAGGGAAUGUCGACGUUCGGCGACUGUCGUUAUCGACAAGCUAUUCCAAUAGGUAGUGGCGGGCGAUUGGAUGUUAACACCAAUUACGGAAUCCGUCGGAGCUUUCUUCCACAGGGUAACAGGAGAUACAUCCCUCUUCAGCAACCGACGACGCAGCAAGUAAUGAUAGACACAAUAUCUGCAGGCCCCACUACUGUUUUCCUCAUCGGAUCACACACGAAUUUCGCCAUUUUUCUCAUGAGUAAUCCGCAUUUGAGAACGAAUGUUGAGCAUAUUUAUAUUAUGGGCGGUGGGGUAAGGUCGAAAAAUCCGACAGGUUGCUGCCCGAAGGACACUGACACCUCUUGCAAGCCUCGACAAUGCGGCGAUCGCGGUAACUUGUACACUGCGUACACUAGCAAUCCGUAUGCCGAGUUCAAUAUGUUUGCAGAUCCUUUUGCCGCGUACCAGGUUUUUCAUUCCGGUAUUCCAAUAACCCUUGUCCCACUUGAUGCGACAAAUACUAUUCCGAUAAGCGAACAGUUCUUUAUGGUGUUUGAACAACAACAGCUUACAUAUGAAGCACAGUACUGCUUCCAGUCGCUGAAAUUUACUCGCGACACGUGGUUCGACAAUCAGUACUACACAAGCUAUUUUAUGUGGGACUCUUUCAUGUCUGGCGUAGCCCUUUCGAUCAUGCGUCAUGGCGACCGUCACGAUGGUGAAAAUGAAUUCGCCGAGAUGGAAUAUAUGAAUGUAACUGUAGUUACCUCAAAUAAACCAUAUGCUGUACAUGACGGGUCGAAUCCAUUUUUCGAUGGACGGAGUGCUCCGAAAUUCAAUCUUACAAAGGAUGGAGUGCAUAGUGGCCAUGUUCAGACCAAAUUACAAGAUCCAUUUUGCUUUGUCAACGGAAGCACGAAAGGGAUAUGUGAGGAUGGAUACACUAAGGAGGUCACAGGAUUGGACGGGGUGCGUGUUCUCGUCGCAACGAAGGCGAAAGCUAACAAAGAUGUCACUAGCCCUCUUGAUAGAGAAUUUUUUAUAAGUUUUCUUGAGGUUCUCAAUCAGCGUCUCCACUCCGGGCGUUUCAAUUUUACCUCUGAGUUUCCAUAUUACAGAGAGAUCCUGUACAAACCCGAUUUUACAAACGAAACAAGAGGAAGGCCAGUUGUGUUCGACAUGGACAUGAGCGCCGGAGAUUUUCUCGCCCUUAUAUACCUCCUAAAAGCACCUGUGGAAGCAAUAGAUCUCAAGGGAAUAUUGGUCAGUGGAAAUGGUUGGGCGAAUGCUGCGACGAUAGAUGUUGUUUACGAUGUGCUGCACAUGAUGGGCCGCGACGACAUUCCCGUUGGGCUCGGUAAUGUUACUGCACUUGGCACACCAACCCUUGGUUGUAAGUAUGUCAGGGCCAUUCCGCAGGGCAGUGGCGGAUUAAUCGACUCGGACACGCUUUAUGGACUUGCUAGAACUUUGCCAAGAAGCCCUAGAAGGUAUACGGCUGAAAAUUCAGUGAAAUACGGGGCCCCAAGAAACACCGAUCAUCCUGAACUUCGACAGCCAUUAGCUUUCGAGGUUUGGCAAUCCAUUACGGAGAAACGUAAUCCACGCGACAAGAUAACUAUCCUAACAAAUGGUCCUCUUACUAACUUAGCCAAUAUUAUCAUCUCCGACAAGAAUGCAAGUUCGAUUAUAGAGAGAGUAUAUAUAGUUGGUGGCCAUAUCAUUGAUGGAAAUGGCGAAAAGGGAAACGUGUUUACCGUUCCAUCGAACAAAUACGCGGAGUUUAACCUCUUUCUCGAUCCUCUAGCCGCGAAGAAGGUCAUAGAAUCCGAUAUCGACAUCACACUCGUACCUCUCGCUGCUCAGAGAAAAGUUUCUUCAUUUAGGAAAUUUAUCCAAACUUUAGAGCUUAGUCCAAAGACUCCUGAAUCCUCUUUCGCGUCGAGCUUGCUGAAACUGAUGCUUAACCUGAAGCAGAAGCACAAAGCCUACAGCCAUAUGGACAUAUUUCUGGGUGAACUUCUUGGUGCAGUUUUGUUGGUCGAAAACUCGAAUCUAACUCCAAGAACUCAGCUAAAGCCAAUUAGUGUUGUCGCUGACGACGAAACGAGCACUGACGGGCAAAUUGUCACGAAAAACGCGCACGGAAAAUUAGUAAACAUAUUGGAUCACUUUGACAGUGAAUCAUACUAUACUCGAUUCGCAAAUUUGUUGAGUAACAAGAAGCAAUCCGCUGUGAUCGGUAGCUUCGAUGAACAGAAAAGAAUGUGGAGCAGUAAUACGCCUGAUAAGUCAUUUUUCUUGUAACAUUUAGCAUAGAGGGAAAGUGUUAUUAUUAAUUUUUUUUUUCCAAAUUUCACAAUUCAUAGCUUCUUAAAUGAGAGAUAUGUUUCCGGCUUAGAUUAAACUCUUUCUAAAAGCUUAGAAUUUAUCGCGAACUGAGCAAA